AUGUCUUCUGCAUUAUUCGGUUGGGCUAGUUUACCGAUUAAAAGGGUUACUAUGGAUUCGGCUGGGUAUGCAAAUGGUUUUUUUGGCUUGACUUUUGAACGAGAGAUGGUUGCUUACAACGAAUUAAAAGUUAUUUUUCUUAAUGUGUUAUUGUUUAGGACGAUGUUGCUAAUAAUCGGAAUCACGCUUUUUGACAAAAGAUCUAUACACAGGAUGUCUUCAACCCGAGGUGGGUCUCUCUCAUCCCUAAGUGUUGAAGUCAGUGCUACGGGCAGUAUUGAAAGAAGCGGGUGGUUGCAAAAAUGGACUAAUUAUCUUAGGGGUUAUCGUCAUCGGUGGUUUGUCCUCGACUCACAUGGAAUUCUUAGUUAUUACAGUGGGUAUGAAUGCAGUUGUGAGCACUUAGCUUGUUUACGUCUUGAGUGA